AACAUCUAAUAUAUUCUCUGUAGCUUGAUCAAGAAAAGAUCUUUCAAGGAAAAUAUUAUUGCACCUACUUUGCUCUCUACCAAGAACAGCAGAAGGAUUAUUACUUAUCUUUUAUAUUUUCUAAGUGACAGCAGGAUUGUACAAGCCAGAAAAGAAACAUGCCUGUCCCACGUCUGCGGAUGAGACCUUGGCUUGAAAAGCAGAUUGAAUCUAAGGCCAUCCCUGGCCUCUCAUGGGUUAACAAGGAAGAAAAACUUUUCCAGAUCCCUUGGAAGCAUGCAGCAAGACAAGGCUGGGACAUUAAUAAGGAUGCUUGCCUGUUCAGGAGCUGGGCUAUUCACACAGGGAGAUUCAAAGAAGGAGAAAAGGAACCUGAUGCUAAAACGUGGAAAGCGAACUUCCGAUGUGCUAUGAACUCUUUACCUGAUAUACAAGAACUUAAGGACAAAAGCGUGUACAAAGGAUCAAGUGCUGUCCGCGUUUACAAAAUGCUACCUGCCCAAGUCAAGGUAGAACGAAAAGAACGGAAGUCCAAGUUAAUAAAGGAUGCAAAGAGCAAACUUAGUAAAAAGGGUUCUGAUUCAUCGCAAGAAGAAAUUGAGGAGGCUGUUAAACACACUCACCCUAUGGGAGACCAUUGCUACACUUCAAAUGUCUUCACAGAACAAGAAAUAGCCAUUGCAAAUGUAGACAUCAUGGAUUUACUUGAAAGUGAAGAAGUCACCAGCAGUAUGAAAGAAUGGAAUAACCAGUUGGAUAUACCAUUACCUGACAGUACAAAUGAUAUGUACCCUUUCCAAGUCUCUCCCAUCACUUCUUCCUCAGAAGAGGAGGAAGAUGAAAUAAAGAAGUGGGAUCCAAAUGUUGAAUGGCAACAGACCAACAUAGAUGGCAUCAGAUAUUUUACGAAUGAAUCUGGCGUCCAAAACAACUGCAUAACAGAGAUGAAUCCAGUGUUCGAUGACCUAAGAGAAAAUGACCCCCGGUUGCCAACAGAUAUGAGGACUGGGUUUGAUAUCUGGAAAGAGCACUCACUUUCAUGGGCUACAGGACUGUCUCCUAUUUGCUCUUUGUGAAAUGAAUCCUGCCUUAUUAGAAAGUCUGUUUAUCACUGAAAAUAGUGACAAUUAAGAAGAUGUUUUCCUCUCUUUGGAAUCAGAAACAAAAAAGAGAACCAAAACAAUUAUUUCUUCAUGGCGCUUAACCAUGGGAUGGAAUUAUGAACUUCCUGUUGCUAUUUUGUUUCUCAAAAACUUUAGCACAGAGCAUUUCACUACAUUCUUUCUGGUCAUCUUAGAGGGGAUUCUGCAUUUCAGAAUCUGUCUGGAAACACAAAACGUUGGUGCAUCAGGGAUCUGGAGACAUCCUUUGGUAAUGAGAGAAUUUCAUUAGUGUAGAAAUAUGUACUGGGUGGAUUGGUCAAGCAGGGGAAAAUCAAAAUACUUGCUGGAUAAGAAGAGCUGAGCUCAGAGUAUGCAUUAUUUAACCGAACUCUGAAGAAUAGGGCUUUGACACCAAUAGCUAUCAUAGCUGUGAAUUUCAGAUUAUUUGGAAAGAUCUUAUGACUGAACCACAUGGGAAUACUUUGCUAAACCAGUCAUAAAGCACUUAAUAUUCAUACACUUUGGAACUUCCUGUAUAUUUAACAUUAUUGCAUUAACUGUGUGAUGCGGCUAUCAAUUAAAAAAAAAAGUUCACUUAUUUAUUUAGAUCAACUAAAGCCAUACUGAAUACAUGUCUUACUGAACUGUAAAGUAACAGGAGAACAUUCUGCUAUAAAACACCCACAGAUGUGAAAACAGGUGCAAAAUUGCUCUCAGACUCCAUUUUAUAGCAAGUAUGGAUAAAAGACAUGGAAAGUUAUUACAUCACAACGCACUUUAUAUUAGUGAUGUGAGACAUUUUACAUGAACAGCUUCUGUCUUAUUUGUGGGCCAAAACCUUGCAAAACAUAUGUUUAACAUAUACAUAUAUAUAUAAAAUCAUUGUUUGCCAUUCACAAUUCAGCCACCUCAAACUGAAUUUGAAUGGAUGAUACGUGAUAAUGUUGGCAUCCUAUUAAAAACAGAUGUAUUCUUGGAACAAACAAGAAUGCGCUGUUGGUGUGGGUGGUAAUAUUCCACUCUUGUAAAUAGUAUAUGUAGUUUGUAUAAAAUAUUUUCAUGUGUGUGAAUAAAUUUUUAUUUUAAAACUAAA